UGAAGCAUACCAACGGAGUCAGAUCUUAUCUCUGUUCUUUGAGUACUUUCCCUUUUUAACAAAUUCAUUACAGGCAAAAUUUGAUAUCGUAACGUUGAUGGAGAAAAUUACAAAGGAGGAAAGGAGAUCAAGCAGAUGUCUUCCAAGUUUUCGAAGCAUAUAUCGAAGUAAGAGCAAGAGUAAGAAAGAGGCAGCAGCUGCAAAAACCAAGGUAGAGGCUGAGGUGAUCAUUGCAAAACAUGAAGAGAUGAUGAAGAUUGAAAACUGUUGGGAAGGCGGCAAGUCACCUGUAGAGUACGGUUCGAACAUAAGUGAGGAUUUGCUUGGAGAGGAAGUCACCGAUGAGGAAACUGAGGAAGAAGUAGAGGUAUCAUUUAUAUGUAAAGAGGAAGAUAGAGAACUUCAGAUGGUGAUGGUUGUGGUGGAAGACAACAAGUCGAACUCUUCGAACGAAAACAGUAGCUUGCUUGAUAAAGAAGUAAUCACGGGAGAAGGCAGCAUGGAAAUGGCAGAUGACAAAUGUGACAAAGUUCUAGCCAUUCAUGAAAUCUUAAAGGUGGUGGAAAACGAAAAGGUUGAAAAAGGAGAGGAGGAAUCAACAGAUGAACAAGGCUCAGAUAACGUUGAUGGCAUUCAAGAACCAAUUAUACCAAUUCCAAUAAAACAAGCAAUUACUCCGCCAAUUUAUGUGCCUUCGCAGCCACCUUCGCAUCAAUACUUUCCAUACCGUCACCCGAACAUGUACCAAAAUUCAUGUGGUCGAACGAGGUCUAAGAAGGAUGGCUUUCACAAAGUGAAGACGUUUGAUCUGAUAGGAGUAAUAAAGAGUAGCGAUAAGGUCAAAUCAAUUGCUUGGCCCUGAUUUUUUCUAACAAAUAAAUAAAACUCCUAAGCUACUCAAAUUACAAAAUCCUCUUAAAGACUUGUAUAAUUGUAUUUCAAAUCACUUAAAGAUCUUAUUAUCACAGUGUUUGUAUAGAAUUUGUACGUGUGCCUUAAUUAUACUUGGUUCAGUCUUUCCUACAUAUGACUUGCUUUCCAAAAUGCAACAUGAACUACGUUUAUCACAAAA